CUGAGCUCAGCUCCUAGCUCAGAGCCUCUUCCCGGCUACCAGUGCUUAGCUCAGAAGAAGCAGCAAGUGAGAAAGCUUGCGGCAGUAGCAAUGGUGAAGUCCUACACCUUACUGUUCGGCGCAGUGGUCGUGCUCGCGCUUCUAGUGAGCCCCAUUGCCUGCACCCGCAAGCUCGCCAGGCCACCAAGGCACAGGCGGUCGACGCACAGGCCAGCAGUCAGGAGCCGCAGCAACCACACCGCUACCCCCUCGGCCUCCUACCCCUACGGCUCCGGCGGCUGGCUGUCCGCCGGCGCGACGUACUAUGGCGCGCCCGACGGCGACGGCAGCGAAGGCGGCGCUUGCGGCUACCAGACCGCCGUUGGCCAGCGGCCGUUCUCGUCGAUGAUCGCCGCCGGGAGCCCGUCUCUGUUCAAGGGAGGCAAGGGAUGCGGCGCGUGCUACGAGGUUAAAUGCAACAGCAACCCGGCGUGCUCCGGGCAGCCGGCGACCGUGGUCAUCACCGACGAGUGCCCCGGCGGGGUCUGCCUCGCCGAGGCCGCCCACUUCGACAUGAGCGGCACCUCCAUGGGCGCCAUGGCAAAGCCCGGCAUGGCCGACAGGCUCCGCGCCGCCGGAAUCCUCAAGGUCCAGUACAAGAGGGUGCCGUGCAAGUACAGCGGCGUGAACAUCGCCUUCCGGGUGGACCAGGGCUCCAACCCGUUCUACAUGGAGGUGCUGGUCGAGUUCGAGGCCGGCGACGGCGACCUCAACGCCGUCGACCUGAUGGAGGCCGGGUGCAGCACCUGGACGCCGAUGGUGCAGAACUGGGGCGCGCUGUGGCGCUACAACUCCAACACCGGCAAGGCGCUGAGGGCGCCCUUCUCGCUCCGGCUGACCUCCGACUCCGGCAAGGUCCUCGUCGCCAACAACGUCAUCCCCGCCGGCUGGAAGCCCGGAGCCACGUACCGCUCCUUGGUGAACUACUCCUAAAUGACAGUGGUGUGAACUGGACAGAACUGUGUCUGUGUAGUGUCUGUCUGUCGGGGACUCGGGGUGUUUGCGAGGGGCGGUGCCAUGUGACAGACCCG